AUGGCCAUGUCGACAGAUACUCGUCUCCAAGUCCCCCUCCUAUCAUCGAGAGAACUAGAGAACGCAGAGGAUAUGGCAGUGAAGAUGAACCUGCUUUCCGGAUCGGACGCAGACGAACUCUUCAAGUUCGACAGCUCGCCUGAAGCUCCAGCCGACCUCAGCUUGGAUGCUUCCAGCACCAUCUUGCCAAAGGACAAGCGAGCGUCUACGAGUCGACCCCACAAGGCCGUCCACGUCUUCCGGACAGUCGUUGUCUCUUUUCCGUUGGCUGAUAUCAUGAACUUUGACUCUCUAGCGGCUGAUAUCCAAGCACUUCCUUUCCUGACAACGCCUCAACGCAAGGCCAUCUCGCGGCUGCUGUCUGACGUCAAGAAGAACUCGUCAAGGCCCAUUCGAGUUUCCAAGGAUACUACCGUGAGACACAUGGACCCUGGUGUUCGACAACUCGACAUUCCGCCGUCCAAAGACAGCCCCGAUAAUCAUACCACGCCGACGCCAGUCACCUGGCUCUGCAUCCCAUACUUCUCCCUUGAACGGUACUCUGGCUUCUCUGCCUCCACGAAUCCAGGCUCGUAUCCCACACAGACUCUCCUACAGGCGUCGUACGCUCGCAUCGCAUACAAACGCGACAUGCAGCAAGCGGCCCGCCAUAUCAACAGCAGAGACAGGGGUUGGUGCUUUCACAUCCCGCAACUCUGGUGCUUGGUCAUAGGCGAUUCUGUACUUGUGACGUGCGGGCUGAUGGAUGAGCUCACGCUGCGUGAUAAGGCCAUAUCCAUCCAGGAAGAGAUUCCGCGGCCGCCGCACUCCAAAGGUGUCAAGGGUGCCCGCAUCCUGGUUAGGUAUGGAGGCUCGUUGUCAUGGUCCAUACCUGCUGAGGAAUGCAAGACGUUCCUUGCCUUUGCUGCCCACUUUCACGAACUGUGGCCUGCGGUAUUGGAAUUCUAUUACGACCAACACAUGGUGUCCAAGGAUACAUGGCGCGAUAUCUUCAAGCUUCUCCAGCGAGGGCGGAGCAGCAUUACGCUCACCAUGAAAACUAAGUUUGCGCCGCCGUUCACGCCUUCCUUACGCCUCCACGACUUACACCGGGCACCCGGACGUAUUCCGGCCUUUAAGGAUACCAAACUUCCAGAGGAAAGCAAUAUUCAGCCUUCACCACGAAAAAAGCGCGAGGAGGCCACCACAGAGUUCGACAAGGAAGACAAACCGACAGAGAUACCUUCACGAAACCCCAACGAGAUUUUUCACGUCUUCAGCUGGAUCAAAACGAAGUCUUCGAGCGCAGCUGAUUACCCAAAUCUCGAAAAUAUCCAGUGGCGCCUUGAACAAGUGUCCAGCCUUCUCAGCGGAGAUUCCAAUGCCGCCGGAAGCAAGGCUUUCCGAGCUGCUAGCACAAUGGACCGCGCAGCCGCCCAUACCCGCGUCGAAGCCUCAACCCGACAAGCUUUUGAUGGGGGCAGUAGUAGUCGUAGACCUGGCAGAUAUCGACAGAGCGCUAUCGGGUUGUUCAACACAGCAGACAUUCCCCAGGCUUCAGAAAGGAACCGCCACGGCAGGGAUGACAGGCGUUCUGCGGGUGAUUCGCCUCAUCCAAAUAUUGGUCUUAUUCUAUCAAAGUUUGAAGAUCUCAUGCCGAACAUGCUGGCCUUUAAGCAGCUGAUGACGCAAGCUACGGAGUCCGAUCGUGCCAAGAUACAAGUAUCUGAAGAUUUGACCCGCGCCUGGCCCCUCAUCGUCAUGAGCCUUAUUCAUAGCUGCGCUGACAUGGGUAGUGUUAGCUCAUGGGCUGAACAGCUGAGCUUUGCGAUCUCUCUCAUCCAAAGCGGCAUGGCGGAAACUAUUGACAGCCUUUCCUCCUUUCGACUUGCCGGCAAGGUCACCGUCUUACCGAUGGAUCUUGUGUCGUUGAUGAGCAUUCGGCUGCUCUCUGAUGUCACUGGAAAGCAUCCAAGUGCAAGCGAGACAUAUCUGGAGUACCUCCAGGGCUUACCGAACCUUAAACGCCGGCGAGUCCAAAAAUCUCAUCAGUCGUACAAGGCCGUUCGAUCACUAUGGUGA